GUCAGCUCCACUCACAGAAACACAGACAGACACUGAGACAGAAACACAGGUGUAAUGGACGAACUUAUUCCCACCUGUGCGUCUCUAUUUUAGCUUUUUUCUGUGUCUUUAAAACACUUUUAACUUAGAAAGUUUUGUUUAAGUCAACUCCUCGGUUUUGCAAUUAUGGAUCGCUUGGAUGAUUGGAGCUUCAAGACCAAAAAAAUGGACCUGGAGGACGAUUUCUACUUCGACUACGAGUCGGAGGAAAUGACAGAUUAUCAAGACCCCAAUGAACUUGUGACUGCAUUGAAACAAAAGGAGGAAGAGGUUAUUUUGGCAGCCCAGCUGGGAAACGCAUUGCUUCUGGAAAACCGUGAGUUGAAAGAGCGGAGCGACAAACUUCAUGAACAAUACGCAGACAAGCUGGAGGCGCUGGAGCAGGGCAGGCAUGAGCUGCGGCAGAAGCUGGAGGGCUGCCAGUCCCAGUGGGAGAGCCAGGUGGGCGAGCUGGAGAGGGAUGUGAGGGAGCUGAGCGGCCAGGUGGAGCGGCUGACCCGGACCCUCAGCGAGGCCGAGAGGGACAAGAGCCGAGCCGAGCUGGAGCACAGCGAGCACACACAGAAACUCAGAGAUCAGCUCAACACUGUAAGUCAUAAAGAUAUGACUGAGAAAGAGCAGUAG